AGGUGGCGAUAGUAGCGUAUCACCCCUCCUACGGAGCGAGCUGUCAAAUUGCAAGACGUUGUUUGUAUACGAAAUUUUUAUCGGUAUUUAGUGUUAAAUAAGACGAAGCUGUGCUGAUCCGAUAUCAGUAGAAUGAAUAGAACAAUGGAUGAGAAGGAAGAACUAGUGAAGAAAUCGCUUUUCAGCUUUGUAAGGAAACAGGUUCCCACUGCUCAACUGAGCUUGAUAGAUGACAUAGUUCUCAGCUACGUUGUGAGCAUGGUUGAGGAGGAUGCUCUCGAGGAGAAUUUAGAUGUCGAGGGAUUGUGCGAAAUGGUGUCUGCCUGUCUUCCCGAAUUUUCAACUAUUGACAAAGAGGCAGUAUCCAAAUGGCUGUUGGAAAUAGAGAGCGAGCUCAGACAGGGAAGUAAACCGGGCGAGGACUCUCAAUCUCAUGAUCCGUUGAGUCAUAUCAGUUUGACAGCAUUUUUACCUCCUGAAGCUCAGAGGAUCAGGGUGCACCAUUUGUCCGAAACAAGUGAUGCUGGUAGUGAUUCCAGCGGUGAAUAUUUCGCUGAACAGGAAUCAACUUGGCAUCAGGUUGCUCUUCUCCAGGAAAUGUUUCCAGGAGCGAGUCCAGCAGAGGCACGACAUUGCUUAGCCGUAGCAGGUGGUGACAUAGCGAAGGCAGCGCAGCUCGCGUUACAUAGACAAGAGGCAGGCCAAAGUCUAGUUGGCAAUCUUACUUUCCUCACGCCAAGCGUUCGUACUAAGGCAAGAGUGAACGACGAAGAGUUGAAAUCGCGCAUAAUUGCCCGCUAUAGCUAUGUGGAUCGUGACAAUACUGUACGCGAGCAUCGCCCAGUGGCUCCUAAGACGGAACCAAAGAAACUGGUUCGUUAUUUGGAUAACAAGAUCGUAAGUGUAAAAGGUGAACGAUACACAGAAGUUCGACGGGGUGAUGACGAUGAGGGGAACGAGGGGGGCAGGAAGAGGGGGCACAGUCGUCCGUAACCAGCCCCCUUGCCUCCCCCCCCCGAUCCACCCCCUUGGAGGCACCUGGUUUUAAAUUACACUUGAAUUAAUGUCCUUCUCUUAGAUGAGCCUAGGGGUGUAAACAAACAGUGCUAAAUGAUAGUAAAAACAGUCAGGCUUCAUUUUAUAUACGACUCCAAGCUUAUGUUCAACAUUAUUUUGAAACUGACGGCGCUCUGUGUGAUUUUUGAAAGAAGUAUUUACACUGCACAGCGUUUAUCUAAUAUUUAGCACUAGAGCUUGUAUUAUACUCUUAGAUAAACUAGUGAGUAUACAAUGGCCAUUACACACAUAAUUCUAUUACACAAAUUAAAAAUGUGAUUAGGGACACGUCAUUUAAUUAUCUGACGACUGAAUAUUGUUAAUAACAAACACACCUAUGAAUGGCGUUACGUUUCUAUUUGCCAUUGUAAACUGAUUAAUUUUAUGAGAGACGUGAGC